GGAGAGAUCCUAUAGUCAUCUGAAUUCUUUUUGGGUUCUUAUUGCUAGACUUGCCAGGUUUCACACGCAGUGUUUAUAAAAGAGAUCAUGCUUUAAUAACACCAGAAAGCCAAGUAUUCAGUCCUUUACCUGAGUGGACUAAUACAUUGGGAGCAUACUUAAUUACACCGGCAAUUGGCUCAAACUUUGUAAUGUAUCUAGCAAAAAUGCAAGGGAAUUCAAAAUCAGGACUCCCACCAUCUGAUGUUGAGAGGUUCAUAUUUGUGGUUCAAGGUGCUGUGUCUCUCACCAAUAUUUUUGGUGUUAGCCAUGAACUGAUGGUUGAUUCAUAUGCUUAUCUACCUCCUAAUUUUCAACAUUCACUCAAUUGUGAUGCAUCUGCUACUCUUGUGGUAUUUGAGAGAAGGUAUGCCUCUCUGGAAAAGUAUGUCACUGAGCAGAUUGUCAGUUCAACAAAAAAACAGCCACUCUUUGAAACUCCAGGAGAAAUCUUUGAAAUUAGGAAGCUUCUCCCCACAUCUUUGCCAUAUGACUUCAAUAUCCAUAUCAUGGAUUUUCAACCAGAAGAAUGUCUUAAUGUGAAGGAGGUGCAUUACAAUCAGCAUGGUAUGUUGCUUUUAGAGGGACAGUGCAUUUAUCGUUUGGUUGAUAGCUGGUAUCCGGCUGAAGCUGGUGAUGUCAUUUGGAUGGCUCCAUUUGUGCCAUAAUGGUAAGUU